AUGAUUAAUAAAAUAAUCAUGUCUUUUAAAUAUUAUGAAGCAUUUGUUUCAUCAAAAAAUAAAUCCAUUCCUUGUUGCAAUAGUUUAAAUUGCAAUCUUUGUCUUGGGAAAUACUACAUUUAAGUAUAAAAUGAGGAUAUUAAUUUGAUGGAUAUACUUAUAUAGGAUAAAUUGUAAAGUAGAAUGAAAGAAAUAUAAACUAAACUUAAAAUCAAUACAAUUGAUUAAUUUUUAGAUUAUCAUUAACGCAAGUAUAAUUAUUAACUAAUUUAUUUAUUUGAAAAUCAUACUAAAGGUAAACCUGAACAAUAAAUUAAUAUCAAUUUAAAGUAUAAAAAUAAUGGAACUAUUGAUUGGUCUAAUGAAACCUAUUUUAAAUGUAUACAUCCUGAAGAAUUUAAAGGAAUCAUAUCUUAAGUUACACCAUUACAAUCUGGAGCCGAAGAAACCACAGAAAUUUCAUUCAAAAUACCUUUAAUUAAAUAAGGAGAAUAUUUAACUAAAUGGAGAUUAUGUUGUAAAAGAAAUUAAGAAGAAAUUUAAUUUGGUCCAACUAUUGAAAUUCCAUGUACAAUUGAAGAAUCUAUAGAAACUUUUAACUAUCUUGUACUAUAAUAAUUAAAAAAUAUGGAAUAAUCUGUGAUUGAAUCUUUAGACUUUAGUAAAGCUCCUAAAAUACUCGAAGAUAACAAAGAUUAAAAAUUAGAUAUAAAUUACCUAUUUCUUCUAUUAUUAAAGCAAAAUUGA